ACAAACGAUUGAAUUUUUUAUAAUAUUCGCCUUCGCGUCAGCCAACUUGGGAAGGACUUUUCUUAAUUCAAAAGACAAAUUAAAGUCAAAAACCAACUAUCAUAUUUUUUUAUUAAAAAAAAAAAAAAAAACCUCUUAAAACCCCCAAUUUUUAUUUCUCUUCAUUGUUUGGAUCACCAAAAGCAAAAAAGAAAAAGAAAAAAAAAAAAAAGAGAUUAAUUUUCCUUUUCUCUGAGUUUGUUCGUACUCGAUUCUGUUCCAUCCUCUUCUCCAAUGGCGGUUUCUCCCCACUCUUUUCCACCGCGAAAACGCCGGCCGUCCGCCGCCGCCUUCGUCUCCCCCAAACUCUCCGCCCCAAUCCUCCUCGAAUCUCUCCUCUCCCUCUCCCAAGAAAUCUCCACCAUGAAACCACUCCAAUUCCUCCUCAACCGUUACUCCAAUUCCAUGAUUCGCAAAUCCAGAUUACUCGAAAUCUUCCUCCAAGAUCUCCGCCGAAACCAGAUCCUUUCCCUCCCCUCAGCCUCCCUCUGCCUCGAAGAAAUGUACAUCGUUUUACAAAGAAUCAAAACAUUGAUCGAAGAUUGUUCUAGCGGAAGCAAGAUGUGGUUACUCACUCAAAACGAAUCCAUCGCCAAUCAUUUCCACGAACUCACUUUGGAUUUGUCGACUCUGCUCGAUAUCUUCCCUGUCAAAGACGCUGGAUUAACCGAAGACGUCGAGGAAUUGUUUUACCUCUUGAGAAAUCACUGCUCUGAAUCCACCGUUUUCCUUGAUCCAAGAGAUGAAACUCUCAGAUUCAGAGUAUUGAAGAUGAUCGAUCGAAUCAAAGACGAAAUCGUUCCGGAUUAUUCCGAGUUAUCAGAGAUUUUCUCCAUGAUUGAUAUACGCGAUUCGUCGAGUUGUAGAGAAGAAAUCGAGAAUCUCGAGGAUGAAAUUCAGAAUCAAACCGAUGAGAAAUCGAGAUCUGAUGUGAUUGCUUUGAUCGGAUUAGUUCGUUAUGCGAAAUGCGUAUUGUAUGGAGCGUCGACGGCAGAAUAUAGUUUCCGGCGGAAAGAUUCGAUUUCCGAUUUGGCUAUACCGGCGGAUUUCAGGUGUCCGAUUAGUUUGGAUUUAAUGCAAGACCCUGUUGUCGUGGCAACAGGACAUACGUACGAUCGUGCGGCGAUAAUGUUGUGGAUUGAAUCUGGACACAACACGUGUCCGAAGACAGGUCAGACUCUGGCCCACACGAACCUAAUUCCGAACCGAGCAUUGAAAAAUUUGAUUGCGAUGUGGUGCCGUCAAGAGAGAAUUCCGUUUGAUGUAACGGAAAGUAAUAAAGAGGGAGUCAACGACGUUACGUUAAAUAAAGCGGCGUUAGAAGCUAUGAGAAUGACGGCAACGUUUCUCGUUAACAAACUCGCUACUUCGGUUGACUCUUCCGUGAACGACGUCGUUUACGAGCUUCGUGUUCUGGCUAAAACAGAUUCCGGAAGCCGUGGAUAUAUCGCUCAAGCCGGAGCUCUGCCGUUACUCGUCCGAUAUCUCAACUCCGACAACCCGAUUCUCCAAGUUAACGCCGUCACAACGGUUCUCAACCUAUCGAUUUUUGAAGCGAACAAAUCGCUGAUAAUGGAAACCGACGGCGCGUUGAUCGGAGUAAUCGAGGUACUCCGGUCUGGCGCUACCUGGGAAGCGAAAGGAAACGCCGCCGCCACCAUAUUUAGCCUCUCCAGUAUCCAUUCUUACCGGCGGAGAUUGGGGAGGAAGACACGUGUCAUAAGGGGAUUGCUUGAUUUGGCUAAAGACGGGCCGAUUAGUUCGAAGAGAGAUGCUCUGGUUACCAUUUUGACAUUAGCCGGCGAUAGGGAGACCGUUGGGAGGUUAAUCGAAGGUGGGGUUAUGGAGACGGUGAGUCACCUGAUGAACAGCCUGCCGGAGGAGGCGGUGACGAUUUUGGAAGUGGUGGUGAGGAAAGGGGGAUUUGUGGCGAUUGCUUCGGGAUUUUAUCUGAUUAAGAAAUUGGGGGUUGUGUUAAGAGAAGGCUCCGAUAGGGCCAGAGAAAGCGCCGCCGCGGCGCUGGUAACAAUGUGCCGGCAAGGUGGGUCGGAGAUGGUGACGGAGUUGGCUUCGAUGGCUGGGAUUGAGAGAGUUAUUUGGGAAUUGAUGGGGAGUGGAACGAUGAGGGGGCGGCGGAAGGCAGCGUCGCUGUUGAGAAUACUCCGGCGAUGGGCGGCGGGUUUGGAUGCAAUUGGUGGCGGCGGAGGAGAUUCCAUAACGGUUACUUCGUCGAGAAUCGGCGGCGAUUCAACCACUAUUGUUAAUUCGUCAAGAGGAGCAGUUGUGCAUAGUUAGAAGAGAAGGUUUCAUCCUAAAUUCUUUACCACAUUUGUUUGUAAAUUAAUAUGUUUUUUUUCAAAAAAAUUAUUUCUUUAUUUUUUUCCUGUUUGGAAAAAAAAAUGAAAAAGUCCCAAAAUAGAGUUUUCAUCAGAUUGUUUUAAUUUGUUUGCACAUUGCCACAUUCUAGGAUGAAUCUUUGAUAAACAAUUAAUAGAAAGGUACAAAUCAUCAAAAAUCUUAAGAUGAUUUCUUAUUUGUGUAA